AUGGCAAUGUCAAAUAAAAAAAUUAAGCUCAAGAGUGGGCACGAAAUACCUCUUGUUGGGCUUGGAACAUGGAGAUUGCAGGGUAAAGAUAAGAUAAGAGAGGUACUAAACAGUGCAAUCGAGUUGGGAUACAGACAUAUUGAUACAGCAUAUGCUUAUGAUAAUGAAGAGGAUAUAGGAAGUGUACUUGAGGAAAUCUUUUCCUCUGGAAAGGUAAAACGAAGUGAUCUUUUUAUUACCUCCAAGCUUUGGAACUCUUUCCAUUCUAAUCCAUCACAAGGCCUUGAAAGAUCUCUUACUGCUUUAAAAUUAGAGUACUUGGAUUUAUAUCUGGUACACUGGCCUGUCUCUUUUAAGAAUGAGAAUGGUAAAACAUUAAGAUACGAGGAUGGCUCUCCAAAGCUUGAUAAAUUUGAAGUGGUAAAGUUGUGGAGUAAAAUGGAAAGAUUUGUCAGGGAGGGAAAGGUUAAAUCUAUUGGAAUUUCAAACUUUGGACCAGAGAAUAUCACCAAGAUACUCAAAACUUGUAGUAUUCAACCCAGUAUUGCUCAAUUUGAGUACCAUCCCUACCUGAGACAAGAUGAUUUGGUUACCUUUUUUAAAAACAACAACAUUCAGGUAGUGUCGUACUCAUCACUAGGUUCAGGGUCAUCUCAGGGACCCAAGCUCCUAAACGACCCACUCCUUAAAGAAUUAGCUAAGAAAUACGGUGCAUCCACCUCUCAAAUUAUUCUUAGCUUUAUAACCCAACAGAACAUCUGUGUUGUACCCAAAUCAUCUUCCUAUGACCAUUUGAAAAGUAACAGAGAUCUCUUAAUCCUCACUGAGGAUGACAUGGAGAGGAUUAGGAACAUUAAUACCCACUACAGGUACGUAGACCCGAUCGACUUCGGACUAGAGAGAUUUAAUUAA